ACCGUUGAUGUUUGAAAGAAAAAAAGGAAAAAAAUAUGAAGUAAUGUACCGACAAGUUUCUAGUUCCCGUGAAUGUUUUCUGCGACCACUAUUGUCUCAAAUUUCGUUAUCUCCGCUAUAUUUUCUGUUCAUUGUUUUUAUAUACAUUUUCAGUAAAAGCUUGACCUUUGGUGAACAAGAGAGUGAAGUUGGAGCUUGAAGUUGAAGAAGCUUCUGAGAAACGAUGAUGAAACUGAUUCUCAUUAUAACGUUUUCUUUCGUUAUCUCAGUUAUUAGAUCUGAGACUCAGAAAGAGACUCUUUCUCCUCUGUAUAUGUUGGAAAACGAUGACUUUUCAGCUAAAGUUCCUUCUUCCAAACCUCAACCUCUCAUGGUGCCACUCACUCUUAUUCAAGGAGCUGAUUCUAAAGGAGCAGUAUGUUUGGAUGGAACAUUGCCUGGUUACCACUUGCAUCCUGGAUCUGGAUCUGGUGUGAAUAAUUGGAUAGUUAAUUUAGAGGGAGGAGGAUGGUGUAACAAUAUCAGAACUUGUGUGUUUAGAAAAACUACUCGGCGCGGUUCGUCGAAAUACAUGGAUAAGCAAAUACCAUUCACAGGGAUAUUGAGCAAUAAAGCUGAAGAAAAUCCUGGUUUUGUUUUUUUCUUUCUUUUUACCCUUCACAUGCAUAGAUUGGUAGUUCUAGAGAUUGCAAGUUAUGGUUACUCAAAUUUGUGUGUGCUGUAUUGUCUUCUUUUGUGCACAGAUUUUUUUAACUGGAAUCGAGUCAAAGUGCGGUACUGCGAUGGCGCAUCUUUCGGCGGAGACAGUGAAAAUAAGGCUGCAAACCUUCAAUUUAGAGGGCAAAAAAUAUGGCUAGCUGCAAUGGAGGAAUUAAUGUCGAAGGGACUGAAGAACGCUAAACAGGCUCUUUUGUCCGGAUGCUCUGCGGGCGGUCUGGCAACUAUACUACAUUGUGACGAAUUCGGAAGCUUGUUUCCAAAAUCUACCAAAGUGAAAUGUUUCAGUGAUGCAGGGUUUUUUCUUGACGCAACCGAUGUAUCGGGCGGACGCACGUUGAGGAAAAUGUUCGGAGGCGUUGUUAGCUUACAGGAAGUGCAAAAGAAUCUGCCCGAAAGUUGUCUUAACCACCUCGAUCCAACUUCGUGCUUCUUUCCUGAAAACUUGAUAGACCAUAUUCAAACUCCGCUGUUUCUGCUAAACGCGGCUUAUGAUGGAUGGCAGUUGUACGAAAGUUUAGCCCCGUCUACGGCCGAUCCCCAUGGCUAUUGGAAAGCUUGUAAACUGAAUCAGACGAAUUGUAACUCGACUCAAAUUGAGUUCCUCCAAAAGUUCAGGAAUCAAAUGCUAAACGACGUAAAAGGAUUCUCAGCGACAUCUCAAUCCGGACUAUUCAUAAACUCUUGUUUUACGCAUUGUCAAUCCGAGAGACAAGAUACAUGGUUUGCUGACGACUCUCCGCUCCUUAACAACACGCGGAUUGCGAAGGCAGUUGGAAAUUGGUUUUUCGAUCGUCAAGUUGUUAAAGAAAUUGAUUGUCCUUAUCCGUGCGACAAAACCUGCCAUAGUCUGUUCUCGUGAUCAUUGUGACUGCGAUAUUUGCUUUUGACAUUCUAAAUUGUUACAGAGAAAAGAUUCUUGGUGACCGAUACUACAAUUCAUUCGUAUUCGCUUAUAUGUCGCGGUAAUAAAUUUUCUUUGGAUUGAAAAUCCGAAGUUAGAGCUUGUACUUCUGCGGCCAACUUCUUAUAUGGAAAUACAUUAUACUUUUAUCAAAUGCGAUUUUCAUCCCUGUCAAA